AUGGAUGCGACCGAACAAGGAAAAGGACAUAACAGGCUUUUGGGUGAAAAUAAGAAGGAGGUUUGGCUGAGUUUAAGAUGUUGCCUUAUAGGAGGGAAGAGUGCCUGUGGUGCCCGGCAGAUGGGGAGUACUCUCCCACUUCUCUUGUUCCAGCUGCCCCACUCCCACCGCAACUCAGUGAAUCCAACGGUCAACCCAAUUUUUGAUGGGUGCAUAUGGAUACAGAGCAUAGCAUUAGGUGUUACAAGGAUUUCAGUAGAUGACAUGGUCUCUACCCCCGUGAAGUGCCAGCCCAACACUCGCACGCCCUUCUCGGAGCUCGCCUGCAUCUACUCGGCCCUCAUCCUGCUCCAGGAUGAGGUGACGGUCACAUGGAGGAUAAGAGCAAUGCCCUCAUUAAAGGCCGGUGUAAGUGUUGAACUUUUCGGGCCGGGCUUGUUUGCAAAGGCCCCGGCCAAUGUCAACAUCGGGAGCCCCAUCUGCAAUGUAGGGGCUGGUGGACCUGCCCCAGCAGCUGGAACUGGCCCCCUCCCCCCCCCCCCACAGCACAGCUGCCCCAGCCGAGGAGGAGGUGGAAGCAAAGAAGAGUCAGAGGAGUCUGAUGAUGACAUGGGCUUUGGUCUUUCCAACUAA